AUGGCGGAUUAUAGUGCACCGGUCUUCGAUUUUCAAGCUCACGCCACCGGCAACGACGAAGAGCGAAACUUUCCAAGUUCCUUAGACUUCGGCGGCGGCUCUGCCGACGCCAAGACAAGUACCAAUGAUUAUCAUCUACAAACUGAAGAGAACACUGCAAAGAGGCGUAGAGGAAGGCCUCAAGGAUCCAAGAACAAACCCAAACCGCCGAUUGUUGUAGCGAGGGACAGUGAUCCUUCACCUGUGAAGACGGUGGCUUUCGAAAUCUCCCGUGGUUUUGAUGUGAUCGAGAGAAUUAUCAGCUUCGCCUGUAGAAACCAUGUCGGUAUUGGUAUAAUCAGCGCCACCGGCUUUGUAUCAAACGUCAAUCUCUGCAAUGGUUCUCCACUAGAACCACCAAUCUUUCUUCCGGGAACUUUUGAGUUACACUCGUUGAUCGGCUCAUUCUUCCCAGAACAUGGUACUCCGCCUUCUUCUAACGGAACAACCCAAUCAUUACCGCCGUGUCAUUCUUUUCGCGUAACACUUGAACGGACACAAUUUCAACUCAUUGGAGGGAGAGUAUUCGGGAAACUGGAAGCGGCAACACAAGUGCUGGUGGUGGCUGCUGUUUUGGAAAACCCUACGUUGGAUGAUAAUGAAGAUCGCCGUCAGCGUAAAAAAGCUUGUAACGCAAAUGGCGCAAUCGGGAGUUUCGGUUCUACUGGCAUGGCCACGAGUGUUUACGGAGGAGCGAAUCCUGCUCCACCAAACUUGCAGUUUACUCUGAUGCCCAUUGGUUGGGGUCCUUCCCAGAAGAUGAAUUAG